AUAGAUGAUCUUGCUACUUGCUUCAGAAUUUCGGAUUCAUAUCCACUAGAGAGACAUAAAAUUUUAUCAGAAAAAUGUCCAAAGAAGUGCUGGCUUUUAGCCGAAACAACGAGGCAUCUGUCAGACUUUACUUGCAACACUGGAUGUGCCAGUACGAGACAGGCUUUAUUUUGCAUCCCGCAAUACCGACAGACAAGAAAGACUUGAAAAUCCUAGAUGUAGCUUGUGGAACAGGAAUUUGGCUUGUGGAUUUGUCCCGGUCACUCCCAGAAGCUCAGCUUGAUGGAUUCGAUAUUUCUGAUUCUCAUUUUCCAAGCAAAUCCGAGCUACCUGAAAACGUGAAAUUAUUUACACACGACGCUUUGAAGCCGCCUACAGAAGACAUCAGCGGAAAAUACGACGUGGUUCAUGUUGGACGAAUCAAUCUCUUCAUUCGAAACGAGGAUCCUGCUCCAUUGCUACAAAACUUCAUGAAGAUGCUUAAGCCAGGAGGAUAUCUUCACUGGGACGAGUUGGAUGUCGGAGGUAUGCAUACCUCCAUAGAAAAGCCCUAUGCAACCGAGAUGAACCGCUUUGGCAAGUCUUGGCUAGAGUCACAAGGUUGCACGUCUCAAUGGGUUAGUGGAAUGACAGAAUUGUUCGAAAGCCAUAAUCUGAAGGUUCAUGAUUAUCGCCGAGUGCCUAUUAGAAAUCACAUGGCAAAGCCAUGGACAGAGAUGCAGAUUAUGGCGAAUCGCGAUUUUGUAGAGCAUGAUGUGAUACCGUCGACCCAAGGCAACCCAAAUCUUCCAUCCGCUGAUAGAUGGCGUGAGAUGCUACGGGGUGUAGAAAAAGAGGCACAAGGUGGGCUGCGUAUCUUGAUGGAUAUUGUAUACAUCGUCGGACAGAAAGCGGAAUGACAAGAAAGAGUAGCGUAAAAAAUUCUUUUGUCAACUCUCAAAAGCAGCAAGCAAUUUCAAAAAUGAUGUAGAUGGAGUAUUGAAAAAUAUGGUGAAAAUAAACAAUUUCCAUUGCAUACAGUUCGUUACACCACCGUGGUCCUUCGACGUCACAUGUCUUAAGCGCCGUUUUAUUAUCAACUACCCAGU